AGUUUUCUCCUCUACUUGUGACUGACCAGGUUUAUAUCCCGUUUCUGGAAUCCCUUUCUCUAACCAGCCAAGGUCAACUAGUGCGAAGCAUCUCACCCCGGUUGGCGAUCUAACACACUUCGAGUGUCGCUAGUAGACAAGACAGUCGAAAGAGAGUAUCAGCGCCCGAAAGAACCCCGCCGAAAUCGCGUUACAAGAUAUAUAUACAGCCCACUAUCAGGUCGCAAUGUUCGAUCGUCUUCGAAAUGCCCCGAAAGAUAGGGGUGCGCAACAGCUGAACAGGAAGAAACUUGAAGCCUGGCAAAACUCGCGUGAACAAUCGUCAUCGGCUGGCCGUGGUGUAAAAGGAGGAGAUAGCCAAUAUCAAUAUUCUAUCAGAGGAGGACCCGCGCCCCCGAGGCCAUUAAGGGACCCCAACAAUCCGCCCGAACGUCACCCGAAUCGUCAGAAUUAUCAACCUCCACCAGCCGUAAAACCCCCAAAUCAACCUCGUCAUUCCGGCUCCCUCCGUCCCGUGUCUUCCGUAUACUCGCAGCCGUCCCCGGACGCCGCGAACUUUGCUACGCAGCAGUUGCGACUCGUAGUUCCGGAUAACGAUCCGAUCGAGAUUUCCCCGCCGAGUUCUCCUGACGUAUUGUCGCCGAGGGACGGGCCGAACCCAGGCGAUGUUUCUCCCAUUGAAGAACUACCAGACAUGUCUCAACUCUCUGUAGAUCCUAGGGGUAUCCCCAGAUCUGAUGCUCGUACAAACAUCCCUAUGAUGCGUCGCGAGCGCCGAAAAAACUCAGAUGCAGCCAUAAAAACCCUCCACGAAUCCAUGUCUCGCGAAAAGUUAAAGCAGCCGCGACCACACGGCCAUGAUGUGCGCUGGAACCCAGCUACCGGCGAACCCACAACGGAUUCUAAGGGCAGACCAUCGCAGGUCAAUCCGCAGGAGUACGCUCAGGGGCUUCUAAACCAAGCGAGCUCGGUAUCUCCGCCGCAGGUUAAGAAAGAGAAGCAAGGUCAGAUUACUUUUGGCGAACGUUUACGCCGGGUACGACAACCUAGCGGACCUUCUCAAGCAGAACCAGCUCCACGACCCGAAUGGCGAGGAGCUAGUGGGCGAACGACACUCGUUGCGCCUGUGAACGACAAUAAAGAUGUGGUUCCAUUGAAAGUCCCCCCUAAAAGUAGCAAGCGUGGCGGGCAUGAAUCUGGUGCUCUAUCCCCCGUUCAAUCCGUCGACUCUGAACCUGCUUCGUCCCCUGUAGUCCGUGGUUUGGGCAUAUCCAAUCAACCUACUCAGCCUCAAUCGCCCGCGUCACCCAGCAUAGCGGUCACGAAUUCGAAUGCCAACCCUCAUACAUAUACUAGCCCAUCCCUUUCUGACGACCCAACCGGCAAUCCUCAACACCAGUCUCUACAAAUACCUGCGAACGAUAAGGCGAUUCGUAGAAAACCAGCAGGAGCACCAGGCCACCAAGCUCAACCAUCAUGGUCUUCAUCCAUAUAUUCCGAAGAUCCACGCGCAUCUAUCGCCAACCCGCCGCCACCUAUUGAUACAUCCCUAGACGGCUGGACGCAGCCACCCUCCCGCUUUAGCGUGACCACAUACGCGACAUCGUCUCAGCAGUCAGCAACCCCUAGAGAUAGCAUCGACGUGGACGAGAGUGCGCCGCCGGUACCUACGCCGCCCCAACAAUUCAUGGCUCAACAGCAGCAGCCCUCAAUUCUCGACCGCAAGCGACCCAUUGUGGCAGGCUACGACAGCCCAGGUUCGCGCAAGAGCAGCAGCCCGCUCGAACCAGUCAAGAUCAGCCUUGAUUCAUAUUACAUGACAUCCGCCGUAUCCCGACAACGCAAGACAUCCCCCGACGCAGCGGUACCUAGAGGUAACGAAUCGCAGCUUUCGCUUGCGUCGCUAUCAGCUAAAGACAAGACGCUUCCGCUAGCGCCUCCUGAGACCCAGUCAGCGCAAACCCAGGACCGCGUGGCACAGCUCAACGCAAAAUUACAAGCGCUGGGUAACCGCCGCAUCAACAUCAACACAGCGAUCAAGCAGAUGACCGAGUUGAUGCCGACGGACCGUAUCCUAGCUAGCGAUGCCGUGAUCCAUAAACGCGAGGAGGAGAAAAGAAAGGUCGAGUCUCUGAAGCAGGAACUCGCUGAGGUGGAGAGGGAGUCGUAUGAGCUGGGCCUCAAGCUACACCGUGCGUACAAGAGGCUGGACCGAGAUGCUGAGUUCGAACCUACGACGCUGUGGGUUAGACGGGUUACGGGAUCGUGAGAUCUACUGCGUGGGGGACUGGGCUGGACUAGAGGGGAUCGGAUUGGGUGAUGGUGAUGAUGGUGGCGGAUUGGGGGGUGCUUCGAUUGGCUAGGUAUUGUCUAGCAUGGGAAUAUUGGACGCCGUGUGGCGUUGAACCAGGUACCCCCCUCUACCCAAGGAUGGGGGAGCGAAAUCCGUCGGGUUUUUCAAAUAUUCAUUCGUCUUUCUACAUAGGGCGGUUUGCUACGACUUACCUACCUUAUGUCACGUCACGUUAAGUUACGUUUUUUCCCGGGUUCGAUUUUUCAUUUAGCUUGCGGAUGGGCAUUCUGAUCGAGAGAAGAGAAGAAUUAUCGAGAUACCUACAAAUGCAUUUAUGUAUGUAUGUCAGGCAGGCCAAGCAUGGAGUUUUGCGAGAUACCUAUCCGAUUCGUCUGUUUUUUUCUACUUCUACUUCUACUUCUACUUCUAUUUCUACCGCUUUGAGAUGGAUGGGGGUUGGUGGGGGUGUAAAUAGAUAAAUAAAGAAAAUGAAUGAAUGAAUGAGGGAUGAAGAUGUGGUUCUUGUGAGGGCGGAUGUGACAACUAUUAGAAGAUACGGGUUUAGGGGAUCCAGGGCAGAGACAGAUCAAACGUACUACUCAUGUAUUCUCACUUUUGCAUAG